UUGUUGCGCUACGGUUCGUUGUAAGGUUGUAACGGCAGCGCGAUGCGAUUUGUCAAAGGGAGCGGUGCGCGUGUGUGGGAUAUCCAGGCGAAGGAAGGAAUGUAAAGGAUUCGACGAGACGAGCAAAAGUGCCGUCCGCGGCGAGCCAUUUGCGGGCCAUUGACAGGCGCGUUCGAAUGCGCUCGCCGCUCCUAGCAUUUCGGCGCGCGGCGACAAGGAGAACGUUUUAGCUCGAGGUCGUCGUUUCGUGCUUCCAUUAACGUAAUCGUCGUACAACAAGUACAGGCCUGUUCGUUGGUUACUCCCUUCGUUCUUGUCUCCGCGUAUUUCUCACUACGCGUCCCGGAGUCGCAGCUGCGGAGGGAAAAAACCGGCUGAUCAUCACUCACGAUACAUCGAACUACUCCGAACGGCGAUAUAUACAUUACGCGUAUAUAUGUAUCGUGAUUUUGUUGUAACUAACCUUACAGUACGCAUCUUUGGCGUUCAGCGAAACAAACCUAAUUAGUAGUUUGCGAAUCUCUCGAUUUCACCCAUUGCGUUUUCUCGCGAGUGCGUGAAAUGUGAGUUCCUUCUUGUUGAAUAAUAAUAAAAGAAUCAUUUGUUAGAGAAAUACGUACGUCAUCAAUAGAAUGCCACCAAGACGAGUGGAAGAUGUGCCUGUGAAGAGAGUGGCAGCUGCUGGUUGUAAGUUACCGGCGCAACUGCCAGCGGGAGAAAUUCUAACUGAUAUUACACAGAAUAAAUGGAGAUUGGGGAAUACCAUUGGAUAUGGGGGUUUUGGAGACAUAUACUUAGCUUCUAACGAUAUUACAUCGCCUGUCGACCAAAAUGCCAAAUAUGUUGUAAAAAUUGAACCACAUAACAAUGGGCCAUUAUUUGUUGAAAUGAAUUUUUAUAUAAGAGCAGCACGUAAACACAUGAUUGAAAGUUGGUGUGAAUCUCAAAGAAAGAGGAAAAUUGGUGUUCCCACAUAUGAGGGCUCAGGCUCUCACAUUUAUGGAAAUCAACGAUAUAGGUUUUUGGUAAUACCACGAUAUGGUAUAGAUAUUGGAAAACUAUUUCUAUCACAUAGGAGAAAAUUGCCAACAAGAUUAGUUAACACACUGGCUGUACAAAUGUUGGAUGCAUUAGAAUAUAUUCACAGCAAAGGAUAUGCUCAUGCAGAUAUUAAGGGACCAAAUAUCCUAUUAUCAUAUGGGGAUGGGAUAGGAAAAGAAAAAUCCCAAGCAUACCUUGUAGAUUACGGACUGGCGUAUCGUUUUCGCACAGGAACUGGUGAACAUAAGCCAUUUGUACAUGACGAGAGAAGAGCUCACGAGGGCACUUUAGAAUUCACAUCACGGGAUGCUCAUCAUGGAACACAUUCAAGGAGAGGAGAUCUAGAGACUUUAGGAUAUAAUAUUAUACAAUGGUUAUGUGGAAAGUUGCCUUGGGAGAAAAGUAGUGACAACAUAGAUUCAAUCAUGGAUCCAGAAGAAGUUCAUCGACAAAAAGAAAUUCUUUUAUCAGACUUAUCUUUAUUUAUGAACAAAUGCUUUCCUUAUAAAAAAACACCACCAGCCGCAAUUAUGAAGUAUAUGAAAUAUGUGACCGAGCUAGAAUUCGAGACCAAACCCAAUUAUUCCUAUUUACGGAAUUUAUUUGUACGCAGUGGCAGCCAAGAUAGCAAUAUUCCUACAUGUCUCUACAGUAUGAAAGAAUCCAAUGAAAAUCUUACAAGCACUAUAUUUUUCGAACGUCCAUAUUUAAGAGAAAGGAGACCUUGCAAGCCUGUAAAUGGCGAGAUUCGAAUAACACGAAAUACGCAGCCUAAGCAUCCAGUACAGAAUAAAGAGUUUAGCUGGGAAGCAGUAUUGGCGCUGCAUCCGGAUAAAUUUGCAAAAAUUAGUACUCAACCACCACCUUCGCCUCUUACCCCGCCUCUCACACCUCCAUCAUCUUCACCUUCACGACCACCAUCUCUACCGACGUACGCAAUGCUAGACGUACUUCGUAAAAUGAAGGAAAGGCAAUCAAGUUCAUUUAGACAUAAAGGAACACCGAAAUCAUCGGAUAACGAACUCAAACCAAAAUGGAUGACACCCGCGAUGGAAGAAGUCGCACGAUUAAAAAAAAAGAUCGAGUCUCCUGAGCUUGUAGCCAAUUCCGAAAGCCCACGUGUAACACGUUCACGUAUGGCGAAGAUAAAACGACUUGGAGUUAAGAAACAACAUAAACGGAAAAAGGACAAUUCGAUCGAAGUUACGCAUAAAAGAAAAAAAGUCUCAUUUUGUUAAAUGGACCUGGUUAGUAUUAUGGAGAUCAAAUCUCUGAAAAUGACACCAUCUGGAAUAUAUAAUCAAGUAUUAUUCGGACAAAAUCUCAUCCAUCGACAUGAUGUUAUCGACACACAUCGCGCUAAUUUGUUUAAGACUGCUUCAUCAUGAUGAUUAAUUCUUUGAUCAUGUUAAACGAUAUGUAUAAGAUUUCUAAAUAGUUGUAUAGCGAACAAAAUAGUGAUAAAAUAUUAUUAAUGAUACUAAGUGACUUCCUGCUAGGAAAUUACAGAGAUUCAGUAGGAUUAAUGUGUUCGUAUAUAAAGACAUCAACUAUGGAUGUCGUAAUAUUCCUACAAGACAUGAUGUCUGUUACAUAAUUUAAUCGCACAAAUGAAGUUUGCAAUUGAAUCAUUAGGCUGAAUUUAUUUAACAUUAAUAUAAUAUGUUGAGAAAGAGAGAAAGUAUGUGUAUGAAUGCGCGCGUGUGUGUUAUAUAAUAUUAUAAUAAAAUCAGUCAGAUUAAAUGUAUGUAUGUGUAUGUAUGUGUUUCUUCCUAUAUAUUUACAAUCAAACAUUAUAAUUAAUUUAACUGAGGUUUGUGUUCGACAAAAUAUAUAACGCAAGCAAUAUUAUAAAAUUUCUAAUGUCCCAAUCUCUUGUCUUCUACAAGAUGAUACACAGUAUUUAGAUAUACAAAAGCAAAUUGAUAUAAAAUAAUAAAGAUAACUACAUGAUGAUUACGAUAAAUAAUUAGACAUCACAAAAUUUUUGAUUUAUAAAUAUUCUUGUGCAAUAUAAAUCAUAAAGAAAUGUCAAAGGAAAUAACGUGGAUAUUGAAUGCAUCAUGCUAUUUGUAAAAUCUUUUUUUUAUAAUGAUUGUCCUCUCCUAUCUAACUGCUCAAAAAUCAUAAAAUAUUAAGAAAUUAUUCACUCAGAUAUUUAAUUCAAUUAAUUUAUGUAUUAAUUUCUUCAGCUGUAUCAAUUUCAUGCAUAAAUCGACGACAUAAGAAGAAAUAGAUUUUUUUUUGCAUUAUGUACAUGCAUAUUUCCUUUGUUAAAGUCACAAUUGUAAAUAUUUCUCUUCAUUAGAAUAAUUCGUUCUGCUAAUUUAUAUAAAAAUGUAUUCAAAGAUAUUAUAAUUUUUAUAGAUUAAUUUCUACAAUGACAUGUGCAGUAAGCAAAACUGUAGAUAUAACAUAUGUAUUUAGUUUAUAUCAUGACAUUUAAAAUUUAUGCUAGCGUUCAGAGGAUAAUUCAAUAUUAUGAAGGAAUAAUAGCAAAACAUAUGAUAAGAUUUUGCUAUUUUAUAUACUGUACGAGUGAAAAAGAUUCACUAAUUUUUUUUUUUUUACUUAAUGGUAUAAUUUCUGAACUUAUAUUUGAAAAUAUUACAAUAUGAUCUAUUUUAUGUCAUUAUGUGAUCUUUUAUUUCUGACUUUAUAAUGUGCGUGUUUACACAAAAUAUUAUUAAUUGAUGUUUAAUCAUUGUUAGCGCUUUUCGUUGUCGUGAUCCAUUUAUAGAUUUACGUUACAAUUUUUUUACGAUACAAAUUUGUGAUAAUUUAUUUAUAUCAUUCUAAGUUAUAUAUGUACCUGUGUCUCCUUUCUCUUCCUAAUAUCGUUAUUGCUCGAAUUUAUAAUUGUCAUCAAUCAUCUAUAUUUGUAUUCUAUUUCUUUACGAUAUUCCUUCCUUAGCUUUAUACUUAAAUGCGAAAAUAAUAGAUAAUCUAUUUCCAGAAUGUGCAUUCAAAAAAUGAUUUAAUGUGAUUCCAUAUGAGAUUUUUUAAAAAAUCAAAAUUUUUUCUGAAUAAACAUUCUCUCGAAGAUACUUUAUACAUCCAAAUAUACAUUAUUAGAUUACUUUGUACAGGUAUAUCUCACUGGCAAUAAAAUAGACUUUGUAAUAAUCAAAAACAGCGUGAUAAGACCGUUCGUUUUCCUAAGUGUCGCUGAAGAUUGCGAAAAAAACUACUAUUAUUAUUUUAUAUAAGAUGAGUUCAAUUACUUAAAUUCAUGCGAAAAAUGUAACUAAGAUCACAGAGAUGUAACUAUUAAAUAUAAUAAAAGAAGAACUAUAUGUAUAUAAAAUAUAAA